AUGAGCAAGGACGAGGUGAAAGAGAAGUCGCCGCUAGGGCGCUUCGUUCGCUUCAACCGGAAGCUUGGAUCUGGGUCCUACAAGACCGUUUGGCUGGGCUUCGACAACGACACAGGAAUGGAGGUCGCCUGGAACAUCAUCUCGUUCCAGAACUUGGACAAGAAGGCAAAGAAGCGGAUCUCAGACGAGAUCCAGAUGCUGAAAAACCUCAAGCAUCCCAAGAUCAUCGCCUUCAUCAAUGCUUGGACGAACAAGGAGCAAGAGAAGGUCUGCUUCAUCACCGAGCGGGUCACGGGAGGUUCCCUCCUGCAGUACAUAAAGCGCAUCAAUGCGCCGCUGAAGCUCAAGGUGAUCCGCAACUGGUGCAGGCAGAUCUUGGAAGGUUUGAACUACCUUCACACGCGUCCGGACCCCAUCAUCCACAGGGACCUCAAGUGCGACAACAUCUUCAUCAACGGAAACCGUGGUGACAUCGUCAUCGGAGACCUGGGCCUGUCCACCACGCUGCGGGAGUCCUGCGCCGUGGCCCGGUCCAUUGUGGGAACCGUCGAUUUCAUCGCCCCUGAGAUCUACGAUGAAAACUACGGCACGUCCGUGGACAUCUACGCAUUCGGAAUGGUACUUCUGGAGAUGAUCGGAAGGGAGCAGCCCUGGAGCGAAUGCGACACUCCAGGCGGCUUUUCGGGCUUCUCACAAGGAAGUGAACAUUAG